GGGAAUGACGUCAGGUGUUCUGGUCGCUUAAAUUAGGCGAGACAAAAUAACAGAGGCAAGGCUGAGCGGCCAUCUUGUAGUCCCGUUCAACCACCAAGCAAACUUCUCUCUGUUUUCGGACCGUUCUUGUCAUCGGCCUGUUCUAUAAUAAGAAUGAUGUUUAUCCUACAUCUUUCCUUUUAUCUCGCUUUGGCUUCGGCAGCUGACGUGUGGGAAAAUUUCAAGGUGACCCAUGGCAAAUCCUACACCAGCGCCGGAGAGGACUCAUACAGGAAACAGAUUUUCGAGCAGAAUCUGAUAUAUGUGGAGGAACACAACCAGCGCUUCAGAGAGGGACUCGUGACCUUUGACCUCGAGAUGAACAAAUUCGGAGAUAUGACGUCGGAAGAGUUCGUCGCGCACAUGACCAGGCCCGUCCAAGUAAGGAAGGCAGCGAAGAAAACCUUCGCUCAUUAUCCUGACAUAGAAAGGUCUGACAGUGUCGAUUGGCGAUCUGAAGGCGCGGUGACGCCCGUCAAGGAUCAAGGAAUGAUAGGCCAGAGUUGGUGUUAUUCUGCUGUGGCUCCUCUGGAAGGUAUUUGGUUCUUGAAAACUGGCGACCUAAUCGAUAUGUCGGAACAACAGCUGAAUGACUGUGUGCCCCCCCUUGAGGGCACCGUGGAACGAGCUUAUGAGUACAUCAAAGAAGCAGGAGGCAUUGACAGUGACGAGUCUUAUGGAAAGAAGAGCAACGAAUGUAUGUUUAAUCCUGACGGCGUCGUGGCCAACGUUACCGGGUACGUAGACAUUCCCGAGGGAGACGAAGUGGCCCAGGCCCUGGCCGUCCAUGACGCUGGGCCUGUCAGCGUCUUGAUAGACGCUUCGCACCUCUCCUUCCAGCUCUACAGUUCGGGUAUCUACUACGAGCCACUAUGCCAGGAUCCCCCAUUGCUAAACCACGCUUUGACUUCGGUUGGCUACGGGUCCCAAGCGGGCACUGACUAUUGGAUUCUGAAGAAUUCAUGGGGUACAGCGUGGGGCGAAGAGGGUUACAUCAGAGUCAUCAGGAACAAAGACAACAACUGCGGUGUCGCUUCUUGGUCUUGCUACCCGACGGUCUAAUGACGCUCUGUGGAUCACUAGUCCAAGCACAUCACCUGUCAAAACUGAUGUUUAGACAGGAAGGCAUUGUAACAUCUAGUAUACUGUACUGUGCAUGUGAUAUAAAGUAUAUUCCUCAAAAGGA